AUGAAAAGUAUGUGACAGUCUUUUAAUAUCCCCUACUUAGUGAUCCCCACAACGCAAUUUCAUCCCGUCUUGAAGAUCUUGUAGGCUGUUUCGUUCUAUUAACAUUUGAAGGUUGAUUCUGUGGUCCGAAGUCCGUCAGGGAAAGAAACGGACAGAUUGAUCAAAGAGUUCCUCACAUUCAUCUUAUAGCCUUUGUUUUUAGUCUCAUGUAUCUAGGCCCAUUCCGACCUGUCGACAGGUUGCAUGCAUCAACUGCCUCUGAUAAGAAUUCCAGUCAGUCCAAGGGCGAUUCCCUUCGAAGGUAUAAAUAUAUUUUCAUUUGUUCCAGACUGUAGCACCUAUGGUGACGUCGAGACGGACAUGAUUUUGGUAAUAUAUUUAUAUUUUGACUCUUUCCCCUCUCUAAGGAGGGGCGAACUGAGCAUAUUCUGAGGCAUUUGCGUAUUGAUGAGCAAAUCCGGCGCAUCCAAGGUCUAGAAAACCAACGGAAGCUGCUUUUGGUACCUUCUUAAUUUGGAAGACAUUUUUCUAGGAAAGACUAUGCAAAAAUUAUCAAUCACGCAACCUAGACGCCCUUUCGGUUGCCAGAAGCUUCGCAGCUGAAAGGGAACUACUUUUUCUGGAGGAUAACUUAAUUCGUCUUCGUCAUAUGGACUACCAGUCCUCCCAGCUCAGACACCAAAUCGAGGACGAGUCUAUCUCGUGGUCGUCCUACAAGAAGGAGAUGGUAAUGUCCAUGACCUCUUUUUGCGUCUAGUAUAAAACACCUAAGGUCGAACUGUUACGUCCCGUAGUGGGGCGAAUUAAGUGGACGAAUUACGGUGUGAGGUGCUCAUUAUAGUUUCUAGUUAUGAUAUAUUUAAGUGGUCCGUAUCUGUCCUAGCACUUCUUCCAUUAAGUGGACUGCCAUUUUAAUGUGGCCUAACUCUCAUAUCAUGCUCUUAUUUACGACUUUAGAUGGUGAGAAAUGAUAGCUCGUUCAUUCAUGCCUUGAGUCAGAUUGGCUUUCCCACUGAUAAUUGACGCAACCGAAAUGCACUUGUAGACCACGUGGAUUGGCACACGACACGGGGAACUUGCAGAAAUUCCCACUGAGUAGCCGGGCGUUAUUGUUGAAAAAAAUAUCAGGAUCGAAAUCAUAGUGUAGGUCUCCACAGUAUCAGCGCGGUAUGGGCCGUGAGCAAUCCGAAAUAAUGUGUUUUGAGGGAAUCCGCGUACCUAGUCGCUCAAGUGUGGUUUCUUUUAGAGGAUUUCAUCGUCGUGCGUAGGCUCUUAUAUUUGAGGUCUAGCCGAAAAGGAAGUGUGCCGUAAGUCCGAUUAGUUUUAAAAAUGUCGGUGACUAAGCCGUACUCUCUUGCGUGCCGUGGAAUUCUCCUUUAAUGUUACGCAAUCAUCGACUGUUUGAUUGUUGCCUUGACGUUAUGACAACGCACAAGCCUCCAUUGUUAGAGACAACCUUAGUAGAAGACCUUACAAUUUCUAAGGGUGCUGGUCACGUGGCUCAUGGCUGACACCGAAGCCAGCUGUCGAAGCCCCGUUGGGAGAAAUGGGCACAUUCAUCGCAACACGAAAUACUCUCUUGAUCCGAAGUGACGUUGAAUGAGAGAAAGGAAAUUGCAACUAUCGAUCGCCGCGUUACUAAAGCCCAAAUGGGCACAUGUUGAAUUUGCUGUUGCCUUUUAUCUUCAGGGGUUCUGUUGAUUUGGGUGAAAGCGGGCUUAGUAUCCUCUGGAAAGGACCACAAAACAUUUAAGCUAUCUCACCCAUGCGCCAGACUUCGAACAUCGUUGCGCGUAUGCUUGUUUUGGCUAGCUAUAAUGCUGGUUUGGCCGGCUCCUGGGUGAACUGCUUGAGUCGGGAGUGCUCGCAGAGAUUUCCCCCAAUACGACACAAAUGGGCCUUGCGCGAUUCAUGCGUGUCGCCAUCUUCUGUAAUGUCACUCCACUUAAAGAAGCCUUAUCACAUGGCGGGUAAAAUCUACAAUGUGUGAUAAUGUUUUUGUGACCUGCAAUCUUGCAGGAGUAGAAUGAAAUCAGCGCAGCAUAUGACUACGUCAUUUCAGCCAGCAAAAGAGCACCGUUGAUCGCCUCCGUCCAUGGGCGACUAUAUAGCUCUUCGUUCGAAACGCGGUCAGAGCCGAAUCCUAUGAAUUAAGCGCAAGCACCAUCGAUUGAAUAUCUCCAGGCGGAGAAUAUCUUAAUGCCUUGAUCAUACUUUACAUUUUUGCAGAAGGAUUAUCUUGAUGAGUAUCAUGUAUGCGCGCACCUUGCUCAUUAAACUAAUGUCAUACUGGCCCCGGAGUUUUCAGUAAACUCGGACCAUUUUCAGGCGCCUGGUCGAUCGGAGGGUUGACCUUUCUCUUACACUGCCCUUUCGAUAAGUGGUUCAGCCCAUGUUAGUAGUUGUCCGCAGACUCUAGAGCUUUGCCGUCUGUCUUGGUCGGCCAGAUAUAACUGACAGCAAACGCUGGGACGACUAUAUUUAUUGUUAAGGAGUAAAAUUCUGAACCCCAUUUACGCCGCAUUUUCAUCCGCCGGAGUCAAGUCUUCGUGUCUUGUCAUGAUACGGCUGUGAUCAUGCCUGAUCUAGUCGGCCUCGAUGAUGUCACGAACUGUACCUCUCCACGUGUGACGAUCCGCGGCAGCAGAUCUGGAGUCAAGUACUUCAGUGCCGAAACGCGUAACCGUUGUUUAGACCUUUGGUCUGCAGACCACGACGAUUUAUUACAGACAAGUAGGACCACAGUGUUCCGAAUAGGCUGUAGAGAAAUACACCUCGGCCGCUAUGGGAGAGAUGUGAUUAUGAUUAGUUAGUCAUUAAAGUUGAGUACUUGCUCCAAGUGCUCACGUCGGCGUUCGACCCUGACCCAGUUUUCUGCUGCAAAUCCGCCACAUCGCGGUCAGUCACUCAGUGUACAGUUCGACCGUCGUUGCCGACGAUGUCAAUUGUGUGCUUCAUAGCACGGUGUGAGCAGGGACGGUGGCUUGCGUGUGAGUUACUUUAGAAUGGCAGUAGACUUGCGCUGCAUCUGCCGCGCUCUCCCCUCCUCCACAUGGACCUUGUGUCAAAAGAUUCAAGACUGGAGGCGAGAUCGCACACAGGUAGCUGACACGCUGUAAACCUGCGCCUAGGCAUGCCGCCACACCCACUGGUCCACAAAAUACACUGACUAGGAUUUUGAACAACAGAAAAUAAGGGUGGUGGCUCUGAUCCCACUUGGUUGGAGUACCACGCAAAGAAACCUUCGAAGCCUGACUCUCAGUUCACCAGUCGGUUACUUCACACAAGUACACACUUGGCAGCCUUCCAAGUCACGGCUUUUAGCGUACCGUGAUAAAUUCAAGCGCGUCAGAUUAUUUGUAGUGAGUAAUAUGCGCUGAGACUGUCGACCUUACUCUCUGUUCCCACUCCCAGGCAUCGGUCCACCGUCCGAGCGGGCCAAAUGUCCGAUGCGGGGACUGACUGAUAGGGCUGAGAGUAAUUAGUCUGCGCGCGCUGCGCACACACCGGGAUUUCACACAAGGGAGUAGAAUGUCGGAAUCUCAGCUGCAGCAGAAGAGCUGCAUGGAGAAAGGAACCGGAGAGCACAUUUCGCACUCAUGAGAGUUGACGGGGAUGCGGUACGUUGGUGUUCGUGCGUGGUGCAUGUGUUGGUGGGAGAGUAUGUUUUGAUGUGGUCAUGUCUGCCGCAGGUUUCUAUAAAUGCACUUACUUUUACUUGGUACGGCUGCGAUCAUGCCUGAUCUAGCCGUUACCCUGCGCCCUAUCCUGGCUCCGAUCUCCUUGACUCUGAUUGCGCCGGACCCAGGUGGUGGAGGAGAGAGUACGGUAGAUGCUGCGCAAGUCCACUCCCACUAUAAACUAAUUCAUUCGCAAGUCACCGUCCCUGCUCCACCUUGUUGUGGAGCACACUGUGGACAUCGUCGGGCACGACGGUCGAACUAUCGGUCAGCGGCCGUCGGCAGCGUUUCGUUCGGUGGUGGGAGCCGUGGUGGUUUCCGUAGUCGCUGCGGAGGGUGUGUCAGGGAUGAUGGAGAUGGCGGUAAUCGGCUGCGGCGGGCACGGGAAUGUUGAGCAUUGGUGGUGAGGGCGGUCGUCGUAGUAGAUACCGUGGGGGUUGGGGCAGGGGCUGUUGGAGAGGCAGUGAUUGGGAUUACCGAGCUGGUGCAUUGAGUCCGCUGUCAGGGACCGAUAGUCGCGCGGAAUGUUUAUUGAUAGCGCGGGCAUGUUGGCAGUAGUUGGGGGUGGGCGUUGCAGGUCAGGUGCGCUUAAGCCUUGCUAGCUUCGCUUUUGGCUUUGGUUUCGUAGAUGACUGCUCCAGUCCUAACUGCCCUUUUCCAGGCCGUUUGUUCCUGUGUGUGUUCUUUCAGAGUCUUUGGGUUGAUUUGUAGUAGCUCCGAGAAAUUCCCCAAGAUGUCCUUGUAGCGGCGGGUUGGACCUUCUCGGCGAGCACCUAUGCAGUUUUGGUAGACUCUUGUCUUCCAUCCUCAAAAGGUAGUCGCUCCAUCGUGGUUGCAUUUUCCAUUGCGCGGCGUGGAUGCUGAGGAUUCCAGUCCGUCCCAGAACUUCUCUGUCCGGGAUCCUCUCAUGCCACUUCAGCUUUACUAUCCGACGGAGACAAGUGAGGUGAAGGUGUUUCUCUUUGACCAUCCAGGUCCCCGCGCCGCACAGAAGCGUCUUUAGGCCGACCGUCUUGUACGUCCUCAGUCUUGUGUUAGGGUGGAGACGGUGGCCAUUCUAUAGGGAGUACUGUAGCCGGCCGGAGGCUUGGCUGGCUUCGGAGAUCCGGUUGACCACUUUGUCAUCGAUUUUGAUGCAGCGUGAGUGUCCACAGUCUUCGUUUAGGUGCCGUUGAAGUGGAUACGAGGAGCACUGCAUGCAACGUUGAGUGACGAUUGACGCAUGACCACCCUUCUUGUCCCGGUUGCUGGCCAGCCCGAAGUGGACGCAUUCGGCGGCGAAGAGUUCCAUGCUCCGUUACAUGUAAACUCCUGUCCCGGUGUUUAGUACGCAGUCGUCAGCUAAGAGCAGAUCGUGGAUGGUAGUCGUACAGAUACGCGUUAAGACCCGCAUGCACCGGCUGUUGAGGAGACGCCCGUCAGUUCUGUGAGCGAUGUAGAUCUCGGGGCACCCAUCACCGUGUGCGUCCGUCAGCAUGGCUGAGCACAUGAGAUCGAAGAGGGUUGUAGCGUCGCUCCGAUAGUUACCGCAAAUGCUUCUGAAACGGCCACAUUGUCCGCGAUGAGCGCCAUCACCCCGUCGUGGAGCUGACGCACCAUGCUCGUGAAUCGUUCAGGACAGCCGAAGAUUUUCGUCGUGUCCGCGAAAGUAAUGUAGACGUGGAUCCGUAUUUCCUGACACUUCUCUUGCAGUUGGCGGGCGGCAAAGAUCAUGUCGGGGGCUCCGCGGUGUCGUCGGGAUCCGCACUGACCUGCCGGCAGAAGUUUCUGUUGGAGAUGGUCGUUGAGACGGUUGAGAAGGAUACGAGCGAAGGCCUUCCCGACGAUUUUGAGCAGCAAGAUUACUCUGCGAUUAUCACAGAGUUGUCGGUUCUCUUUCCGUUUGUAGAGAUGGGCGAGUGUCUUAUCCUUGAAGUCCGGAGGAACUUGUCCUUGGCGCCACAUCCCCUAAAAUAGCGUUGAGUUGGUCCAUCAGCCAGGCACCACUGUGCUUGUAAACGCCGGCCGGAAUCGCGUUGGAUUCCUGUGCUUUCCCAUUGGAGGACUCGUGCACGACUUGGAUUGCUUCUGAGAAAGAAGGCGGCAGAUCCAAGUCGUUCGUUUCCACUCGGGGUAGUCGGUCGAUGGCGGCUUCGGGGGUUGUAUGUGGGCGAUUAGGAAUACUUCUGAAGUGCCCGGCCCAUCGCUUCAGAAUCCGGAUUUCUCCGUCAGAAGCUUUGUUUCAUCGGAACUGAGGAACGGUUUGGUUGCUUUGGUUGGGGGCUGUGGACUGCCUUGAGUGAUAUGAAGGUUCUGGUUUCAUUGCGGUCAGCAUACCCCUGAAUUUCCUGGGUUUUGUAAGUUAUCUAGGCGUCUUGCAUCCCAUUCAGGCGCCGCUGCACGAUGUGACGAUAGCGGAAGAUUUCUGUUGGCGUCGGUCCGAUGACUCGCGACGCCCUGCGCCAGGUAGGGUAGUCGUCUUACGAUCUCAUUCCAAAUGGCAAAGGCAAUGCCAGCGUCGUGUCACUAGAUCUUUGGGCGGCCGCUUCAGGAGAAGGUGCGGCCGGCGCCCACCUCUAGUUGGUCUUGUUUAGAGAACCGGUCCCUACUGAGGGCAGUGAUACCUACCUCGUAACGUGUCAGUCUUUAAUGACUAGCCCCGUCCUCCGUUCCAAUGGGUUGCUCCUCGGGUUGUCUAAGAGAGAACGAACAUUGCAGGCUGCUAGAGUGAGGCAUCUUUUCUAGCUCAUUCUCUCGCGAGGGGGUAAGUAGCCACGUCCAUAAGUAGGGCUGCUUAAACAUCUCUGACACCUGUCGAACUCCACUUUAGAUUACGACUUGAUUUAGUGGAAGAUCAACUCGAGUUAGUCUGGGCCGUCUACGGGAUUGCAUGUCGUCUUCUCCGCAGAACUUUUGAAGUAGGUUGGAGAAAGGGGGGAUGGGGAGGGAAGCGGACAUUCCGAGUGUGGAGACACACAGCACCUCAUGAUACUCUCGCGUGGUUUUGCCUGUCGGUCUAGGCGGUCGUUCGGGUGUUGCUGCUGGGCAGAGCCUAGGUUCGAGGAGCCACAUAUGAGAGUUUGGUGCCAGUUGAUGGACGUAAAGCACAGUCAUCACCUGAACGACACAAAUCAUGUGACCUGCUAAGAUCACGUGGAACCCACAAAUACACAAUUCUACACCCCAAUCACUCAAUGUGGAGGGUCUACCGCUAACCUAGCGAGACAUUUGGCAGAGUUCUCGAGUGCCAACGACUUUUAAGGCGUUCCCUAUGAAGGUUGUCACUUCAUCCCUGUGGUUUUAACACUCAUCUUUAGCUGACUUCGCUCUCAUUUCCGGUGUUGGCUGAAGGAAUCAUCGUUGUGGGGCCUAACCCGAGCUGUCUAGACAUACAAACACAAUUUUUCUUGAGUUGGCCUGGCCAAUGUGCCGAAUUCCCGUGGACAUUGUCAUGCUUACCUCUCAUUACUUUGAUUAUCUGUCAAUCUAACGAUUGACCGUUCUGAUGUGGCUGAUUAAACGCUGUUAUGAGUUACAACCUCAGCAUUUGCGGAUUUCUUUAUUCUCCAAUACGCUGUUAACCUUCCGAAAGUAAUCGGCUUUGUCCAAUACGACUGUAGGCCGCCUUUCGUCUUUUCUCAGUAUCAUCACGAUCCUGUCAGUCUUCAUCGUUUUGGGAGCAGGCUAUUUCGAUCUGUAUGUGAUGACACUCGAGCUGUGUAGCAUAACCAGUGUGGUAACUUUCUGCCGUAUAGGGUGCUUAGACUCAUAAGGUCGACCAAGGUAGUCACAGGGUUGACCAUAGGAGGACAAAAUUCUGGUCUGCGCUCCGAUAUUUGGACGACAAACAGCGGAACCGUUCAAUGCUACGACAUGAAGCAUGUUUCAACACCGCGGAUACAGACUCGGCCUUCGAAAAGACCAAACUCAGCUGACAGACAGUGAUAUCCUACCUACUUCGACCAAAAUGAACGUACCUGUUGAUGCCGUACAGGGUGUGUUAUCCUCCUCUGAGCGGAACGAUCUAUUUGUAGAACCAAAACUGACAUGACCAUGGUGGUACUACUGACUGACAAGGGGUACUGUAAAGUCUUGUCGGACAAGGCUGGUUGCCCUCACAAGGUCAAAAACCACUGGUGGAUGAACCAAUCUACCUCCAAUGCGAGGAAGUACCUACCAAAAGCCGGGAUUGCAAAUUAACAGAAAACUCGCCAAUUUGAGAACAGCGGUGCAGUAUUGGCGUCAACCUGUCGGUCCGACCGCCCUUUCCGUCGAUGUCCGCCGUGUGACUCAGCAAGGAGGGCGAAUUGUGCGUGAAUUAGUUUUUAGUGGCAAUGCCGCCCGGCGUCAGGACAGAGUCAAAAAGACCGGAGGCAGGAUCGGACGCAGGUAAUCGGUGUGGCGUGGGCCAGCACCUAGGCGCGUCAUUACACCCCUUGUUCUGCACACGAAGGACCAGAACUUCACGCAGCAAGAAUAAGGGAAGACGGGUCGGAUUCCAACUAAGUAGGUUUGCCAUACGGACCACAUUAAGAAGGGGUCAUUGCGGUCUGACUCGCCGCCUGAGAAAAGAACCGAGUUACCCCAUCAGUCGGCAGCUUUCCGAGCCACGGCUUUCAGUCACUGUGGUAAGUUCAAGCCAAUCAAAUUGUUUAUACUUAGGAAUAUGUGUUGAGAGAGUCGAUCUCUCUAUUCUCACACAGCACACCAGGAUUUCGCACAAAGAGGUGGACUGCUCGAAUCUCACAUGCGUUCGAGUAGCAGAGGGGUCACAUAGAGGGGUCGAAGAGCAUGCCUCCCACUCGUGUAAAAGGUGCCGAUAUCGUGCUUAUGGUAGAUCUUGGAGGACAGGUUCUUGCGUGGUGUGUGUGGCAUAUCGUAGGUUCUGUUUUCUUCCUGCCUCUCUGAGAGCUCAGAGUCAAGUCAUUUUUGUUUUUAGGAGAAGCUAAAAGAACGCAUCUCCACACUCAAGGCCGAGUGCCUCCUUCUUCGUUCUAAAAUUGGCUCAGCAAGACUCCAGGUAAUACAGAGUACCUACACGUACCUUUGCAGUAGUCUUCUCUUCUAUUUUAUAGGGGUAGUCAGAAACACUGGCCUCUCCGGCGUUUACUGAAGCACUGAGUUAGAUAUUUCGAUUUUGUCAAGAAAGACAAUUGGGCUCCUAAACGUCGUUUUGUAGGUUAUUAUUUUCCAAUGACAAGACUAAAGGCCCAAUAAGCCCGAAACAGUACUGUGUCAAUCUGUCCGUAUUCUCUGUCGUCCCUCCUCGCUGCUAUUAUGACUUGGCCAACUUCGGCUUGGUAAUUGGUUGCCAGUUCGUGACCUUUGCCAUGCAUACGGAGCUUGUUUGCUUCGUGAAGCCUAUAGAUCGGUGUGCGCCCUUUCCUGAUUGAAUAAAUACCCGAUCUGCAGCGGCAGAGAAUGACAGGGUGCGAGGCACUGAUGAAGUUCGGUUCGAUGAAGUGCUUAUGACCCAUCUGAUAGAUCCCAGUGGCGCGUCUGUGCGCAUGUUUGUGUUUCUGGUCCCAGCUGUUGGUCAGGGUUAUGAUUAGCUCAAUGAAGCACAAUAAGCCCGAAAUAGUACUGUAUCUAUCCGCAUUCUUUGUCGUCCCUUCUCGCUGCUAUAUUCUGGGCCAGAUACGUCGACGACACAUUUGUCGUAAUCAAGAGGAACGACGUUCAGGACUUCAAUGUCUUGUUGAACUCAAUAUUCCCCGACAUCCAAUUCACAAUGGAAGAGGAGGACAACAACCAGUUGCCCUUCCUUGACGUAAACGUCACAAGGAUGGCUAAUGGGGGGAUCAGAACUACGGUAUACCGAAAGGCAACGAAUAAUACACGCAUCCUCCAAUUCCGGAGUAACCACCCCUUUAGUUACAAACGCAGUUGUGUCAGAGUUCUUUUCCAACGAGUUCAAACACACUGUAAUGACAACGACGGGAGAAGGGAGGAAGUGGAGUACCUACAUUCCCUAUUCACAGCCAAUGGUUACCCACGAUCGUUCAUACGUGAUUGCCGAAGAGGAUUUAACCGCGAACGAUAUGACGAUGAGAAGCCGAAGUUCUGGCUCGCAAUCCCCUACAUGAGGAAUGUUUCUGAGGCGACAGCAAGAAUCCUGAGCCCUUUUGGGAUUGGAGUGGCCCAUAAACCGGGAUCCACUAUCAGGCAACAGAUAAUGAGGCCCAAAGACCAGCUACCUGCAACGGAACAGUCAGCAGUGGUCUACAGCAUACCUUGCCAAGAUUGCAGUGCAAGGUAUGUUGGUGAAACGGGCAAAUGCCUCUUCACAAGAUUGCGCGAGCACCAGCUUGCAGUCAACCGCGAGGAUAAGCUGUCACUGGUAUAUGGCCACAUACAGCAGGAGAAGCACAGUUUCGCCUUUGGGGAGGCAAGCGUCAUCGGCCAAGCCAGCGACAAUAUGGCCAGACUUGUUCUCGAAAGUUGGUCCUCAGUCGACACAAUCAACAAAGUCAUUGAUCUUCAUCCGGCCUACAAGGCGCCUCGUACGAGGCUCCAGUCAGUUCGGACGGGCCCGACAACACUGGCAAGCAAUUCGUGGCUCUCUCAACGGUUGUCACCUUCACAGCAGGGGGAGAGUCAGCCGGGGGUCAGUCGACCGACGCGAGACAUCGACCCACCGACGCGCCCAAACAGCCGACCGCGAUUCCCACGUGCAAUGGCAGCUGGUCAGCCCGUCAGAUUAUGGGAUAUUCAUAGUUAUUCAUAGGUUGGUCACGGUCAUGUCAAGACUGGUGUUUUACAUAUGAAGUCAGGGUGGCAUGGAGGAAAGGGCCGUGAGGGAGUCCUAUAGCGGCUCGUCGCUGGGUGAGGGAGUGUUUUAUCAGCCUUAGUGGUCACCAGCCGCAUGUACACGGACUGUUGCAGAUGAGGGGAGGGAUGGUGACGGAGUAUACUCAGUCUACAUCGGGGGGCGGCGUUGAGACGUUGGCGGCCGUCGUUCGUACCUUCAUUAACCUUAGCUGUCGCCCAGGGCUGGGAAUCUUGUUUACGCCGCAACAACUGUCUGUCUUCUCGUCUGCCGGACUAGUGGAUGAAACGGCUGUUGUGACGACUGGGCCUUCGUCGGACCUGCGUUGCGGGACGGCUAAGUGUGUAUCCGCCAUGCACUCGCUCAUGUUUGUAUUCUUGCUUAGCCUGCGUUCACGUCUGCUCAUUUGUUCACUGAGCUGCGCGCGGAGGGCUUGGUAGGCCGCGGGAAGAGCCACACAAUGGUUGAUGGAGGUUGUCCCCGUGUGCUAGGCCUCGAUGGUUUCUCUGGCUAUGCGGUCUUUUCCUUGGCCCAGGAUUUCGGCACAUUGGUAGGUAUCGGCGCAGUGUUCUGCCACAAUAGGCAAAGGGUCCAUUCGCCUUACUGUCCUCAUGACUUAUCCAAUGUGGGUCUGUAGUCGUUUGCCGGUCUCCUCAAUGUAGUUAACUUCGCAGGAGUUACACUGAAUCCGGUAGAUGACUUUCGUGGUUUCACCUCGUGGCAGAGGAGCCAUAGGUCUCAUGACCAGAUGUCGAAUUGUUGACUCCGGUCGUUGGGCGAUGCCGAUCCCCAGCGGUCUUGAGAGACGCGAGACGGCCUCAGAAACGCCGUCGAUGUAUGGAAGCGCCCGCCAUAUUUUGGCCGUUCUGUCACCAAACGUCUGUUUGGUCCGCUCUGCCUGCCGCGAAGGUCAGAACCACGCUACCUCCAGCGCCUCUUCAUGACCAACGAGUGUCCUCGCAACUUUAUCGAACGCGGCAGGCAGGCCGGACCUGACCGAUGCUUGUUGACGGAACGACCAAAAAUAUGACGGUUGAGAGGUGUUUUUGGAUGUUAUUCAUGCUCCCCCACUAGUUUCCCUCUCAAAAAUUGAUUGUUGCGCCCAACAUUUUACCCAUUGAAUUUUUGUGUAAGUCUUCUGUAUCCUCAGCCGCACAAUUAAUGUACUUUUCUAGUCCACUCCACGGUUGUUAUCACGCACAUCAUUGGUGUAUUCUUAUUAUAAUUCCGGUGUCGUCCUGUUUAUCUCGAGCCUUCAAAACCCCGUCCUUGCCACUUUAUACAACAUGCCAAGAUCUAGUCUUUAUACGAUUCGAACGCGUGUGAUUCUCCUUUCUUCUAAAUAUACUUCCGCAAUUUCGCUCAUCAGGCAUGCGAAGAGCACGCUGCCGCCGUGCGCUCUGUCGACGCUCUAGAGCACAGCGCCAAGGCAGUCUUAAGCUCUCAGAUGUCCGAUCAUUUUGACCCUUGUCAACAGUUCGUCCAAACAGUUCGUGCGAAUUCCAAUGAAAGGUAACGCAUCUCUUUUAUGUUCUCAAACUAACAUUUGUCCCCUCCUAGGCCCUCUGCGCCGGAAUCCGAUACCCCGGCUGACACUGCGCUUCUGAGGAAAACAUGUGAAUUAGUGAAUUUAAACUCAUUGCCCUUCGUACGUUUCUUUGGCGAAAUCUGGAGUCUUUUUUCCGAUGAUCUCUGUUUAUUUGCGAAAAAGAUAUUGACCAUAUUUCCACAUGGUGCAACUGAUUCGUUCUUGUUUCCCUGACGAUGGAGGACCUUUUAUGAGUCCUUGUUUUCGUCUAUUUUAUUUGCAGCAUAUCUUGUUCCUUGUUGUGGACAACUAGGCUGGGUUGAUAUAACGACGGUACCAGGCAGACGUUCUUUGCCGAUCGUUACUAUCCUCUGUGGACAUCAAAUCUUUACCGUGUUAGCGCUUGUUACUUCCCGCAGUGAGUGGGUAGUAUAAAUCCCAGCCCAUGUGUGCGCAUAUGCGAUUGGUAUCACUUCCGACUCAUCCGACUUCGGGAGGCCUUUGGGCUUCCUGCGCCGCCACUAAUAUUGCAUUUUCCAUUGUUGGUUCUUCCUAGCAGAUAUGAUUAUUUACUGGGUAUUUAGACAGUUCCCGUGAACACCCAGGCCGAAAGUGGUUUUUUUGUCCUUUUGAACUGUUGCAACCGAACCCUUUGCUAGCCGAUCCUGGUUGUUGUCGGAUAGAAAACUGCCCUCGCCAGGCCAAACCAGAAAAGGUGGAAUAUGGUCAUUUUGAACGCCCAUAAACUUCGUUAAGCCCUGGCUCGCUGGGCAGUUAUUGUGCGCAGUGACUUUGUCGGGACAAAGGGGGGGCUUCGAUAGUUCCCCGUAAUACAUGAAUCUGGAGGUUGACUUCCCCAUUUAUCCCUCUCAGGAUUAUGCCAUAAUUGAACAUCAUUGGAUGGCCAACAACAUUCGCCGUGUCGCAGCAUCGCAGGGGCUCGUGACUUUUGUUGAAAAAAAAAUUUUCACGUUGGUGCAUAGCCACACGUUACGGUAUCUUAAUUGCACAGUGCAGUGCCUUAUCUGACCCUGGAUAAGGGCUUGUGGCGCGAACUUCUUUAAUUCUUUCGAGUACACUAGACGGGGUAAGGUGACAGAGUAACUGACCGGAGUUUUCCGAGUCAACCCUAUACAAUUUCACAACAUUAACCUUAACGGCCAUGCGACAUUUUCACGGAAGCCAGGGAUGCGACGGACUUGUUCUGUGCUGCUCUUACGCCUGUUAUUUGGAAGGUGAAGUGAUUCCAGCGUCUGAGAACCCACAGUUGUUAUGUCGACUAGUUAUCCUUGCUGUGCGUAACACGACGAGUUUGUCUUUUAUUACGUGCGUAUAUAUUCCUCUGCUGGACGAAAGUCUAUUUUAGUCGAAUUUGUCGCUAUUUGCAGAAGAUAUUCCAGGGACAGUUAACUUUUUCUGUGAUAUCGGCGUCUAGUACCGUAGUAAAGGUCGCAAGUGGUUCUGCCAUCAUAAAACAAUCUUGGGUAAGCCAUUACACCAGUGCACACCACUUCGUGGCCACAUCUCGGUCGUUUGAGGCCAGCUGGUGAGGUUAUUAACCUCGGGCUACUAGACAGUAUCAGUUUGUGCAGUGAGCCUCGCGUAGAAUGCGGCCAGCGCUUUCGCCUUGUUUGGCUCAGUGCCGACACUCAGAAAGUGUCCCACCUUGUCCUGCCACUCAUCUGGUCACCACCAGUUUUCGAUCAUCCCCUGCAACGGUUAGCUUGGCCUCAUCCAACGUCCUGACAGUGUUUGGUGUGAAAAUUCCGAAGGUAGCUGCCCCCACGACCGAGUAAUAUGACUGCGGCUCGGAUCACAAGUUUUUCGUUCCUACUGGCCUUCUACCAACUUCUCCCGGAGGUCGCCCUCUUUGCAACAUUUAGUUCAAGGUCAGUUGAAUGAAAUUAUAGUCCGUGGUCCUUCAUCCGCGUCGCACGUUUGCUGGCUUAUACUUAUUUGUUAGGUGAACUGUAGCAGGAAGUCCGCUCCGAGGUCGAUAUAAAAAGCAAUUUUUUGGUCUUUGUGAGUGUUCUUCAGUGAAAUUUCUAGAUGUUAUCGCCAUAGCCUGUCACAUCAACGAAUUGUCUUGUGAAUCAGCUUGGCUAAGUACUAGACUUCGGUUUCCUUUGAACACUCCUGAUACUUGGAAGCCCCCCUCCGGAACAAAAGCAACUGAACUAAAGCACUUAGGGCGAUGAUUGAUGUCGCCACUUAUUUGUUCGACCAGGAUUUCGUUUUGUGCAGUCUUUCGAUUCUAAUUUAAGUGGAGCCAUGGGGACUGCAUUGCGUCUUCCUACACCCAUUACAGUAAAGUUGGUUCUCAUCUUUAUUGUAUCGAUGGAGCGUUUUCACGAUUUUUCAUGCAUGACAGUUAGGUCCUAUUUGCAGGAAUUUGUUACCUUACCUUCUACGUGUUUGGCACAUCAUAUUGCCUUUCAUUCCGUAAUACAGAUCACCGACGCGCUGCUACAACGUCUUUCCGCUCUUUUAUCCGACAGCGAGGUCGUCCAACCCGUUAACGCGGAACUACGACAGCAACUUUCCUGGGUUACUGCGGACCACAACUCAAUGAAAACCCUUAUGAGUUUGUUUUUUUUUCGAUUUGACUGUUCGUUUUUCUGCCUAACCCGUCUUAUAUUGCUAUUUCGACCCUGAUACGACGUCGAAUUCAAAAAAACUCACACAAGUUACGCAUUUGAGCGUGCAACUUAAGAGUACGUGCUCUUUCCAGCCGUCUGCCUUGUGCCUUCUGUUCAACACGUGGCUUGCUACAAAGUAGGCUUUGAAGGUCUCUAUUACCGAAUAUGUUGCAGAGGAAAAAGUGAGACGUCUUUUUCGCUAUGGCUAAAUUGGACGUCCGCAAGUUUUCUGAACUAGCCAUGAAGGGAAUCACGAAGUGUUUGCCGUUUUCGGGGGGUCGGUAUUUAGCAUCGGAAAUUUAAGAUGCAAAAUCCAUUGAUAAAGGACCUUAGUUUUGACAAAGAUCUGGUCAAGAAAUGAUAGUUCGGGGAACCAUUUCACGCCUCUUCGGUUAGUACGGCUCGCCCUCACCUGCCAUGAAGUCUUGCCGAUAAGCCAUGGGAGUUAAAGCCCCAGCCAGGUCAUUUGAGCCAUUUAUAUGCAGUUGAGGCCGACAAAAAAGGAGUGAAAUGACUGUCUGCACCAAGCUCUCGUUUGCUUAAUACAUCACAUCACGUUUAUUGACACAACAAAGAGGUUAACACCGUGUGUACCCACCGGUAUAACAUCUUCUGACGGUGACGUACGGCCUCUCAGAGAUGACGUCGAUACACCGUACUACAGGUUCCGGUCCUCGGUAGCCUGAUGAUCCCGUGGUUCAAUGCUUACCGUCACAAACUAGUGUAUACAGGCCAAGUACUAACUGAAGCAACUGUCCGACGUUUUUGGUGGCACCGACUAUGCUAGACGUUAUGGCCCCCUGCAAUUUUGACUCAUUGAAAGCUCGAGUUAAGUGACGGAAGCUUAUCUACACUCAAUGUCUAUGGGAUUCUUUUUCUAGAGGAUCGAUACUAGCGCGACUGUCUACUCUAAAUUUAGAAUGCAAUGUAUGGGUUGCAGGAUGAACUGUACUACUUUCAUCUUCGGCAUUAAGUCGCAUUCACGCCGUUUAUUCUGGGUAUUUGGUUCGUGCCUUAGUUUAAAUUAGACGAUUUUCUCUGUGUGCCCAAACCGUGCUAACGAAGUGUCCUCUCUUUCAGAGAAUUCUUCGGAGCGUGAAGAAGAAGUAUGCGCAUGGCUGUCAAGGGUCUUGGGGAAGAUUUCGGAGACAGUGUCAAGUGCCUCAAAAAAAAGUUGCCGUUCCGCCUACUUUUGGAAUGCAUGGUAUGUGAUAUCAUUGUUUUUCUGGUGGCUAACUUUCGGUCCUUUUUCUCAGGAAUUCCAGAGUCGGGGACACUUGA